ACUAACUGAUUCCUUCACCAGCAUCAUCAACAUCAUGAAGGUGGUUCUCGCCCUGACUCUGGUGGCCGCCGCUAUGGCUGCGCCGUCCAGACGUGGCUACGGCUUCUCCCCCGCCCCCGUCCCUGCCCCUGCCCCGUCCUACAGACCAGCCCCGUCCUAUAGGCCAACUUAUGGUCCUGCUCAGUACAGCUUCGACUGGGCGGUGAAUGACGCUCCCUCCGGUAACGACUUCGGCCACGAGGAGACUCGUAACGGUGACAACACCCAGGGGUCGUACUACGUGCAGCUUCCCGACGGUCGUCUGCAGCGGGUGACCUACACUGUCAACGGCGGCUCUGGGUACGUGGCCGAGGUCACCUACCAGGGCGAGGCUCAAUUCCCUACCUACAGUGCAGGGCCAUCCUAUAGGCCAACCCCAGCGUAUGGUUAAAACACAUUUAACCAUAUAAUUAAUAAAUCCCCCUACAUAUGUAUUUAUAUAUAGAGAAAGAAAUAAUAUAUCACUUUUGAUGUGGAAAUGUUGCAAUAUCUAUGUAUAGAAAGCUUUUACUUGCAAUGUUAAUUUUAUUUUUAUUUUGUUGCUUUGAUUUCAUAGAGAAGUAAUAAAUGUUAUUAGACUUC